AUCCCAGACCUGUGAGGUAUAAUCCCCAUCUGUGAAGCAAUCUUUUCCCUAACAUGCCAGAAAAAUAUCACUAAGAUUUUCAUGCAUUUUAGGGCAGUUCUGGCACAUUUCUGACUUACAUUUGGACUUUUCUUAUCACAUUACUGAAGACCGUACCAAAGUUUGCUUAUCUUCGAAGGGUGCCAAAGCUUCAAAUCCUGGAAUAUUUGGAGAUUUUGUGUGUGACUCCCCUUAUGAAUUAAUUUUAUCUGCAAUUCAGUACAUAAAAGACUCUCAUCAAAAAGUUGAUUUCAUGAUAUGGACAGGUGACAGCCCACCUCAUAUUCCAGUGAAAGAACUUUCCACAAAAAUUGUGAUAGAUGUGAUUGGCAAUAUGACUUCAACCAUUCGCAGCCUCUUACCUGAUCUUCUUGUAUUUCCUGCUCUUGGAAACCAUGACUACUGGCCCCAGGAUCAGCUUCCUGUGAAGGAGAGUGAGGUUUACACAGCAGUAGCAGAGUUUUGGAAACCGUGGUUAACAGAAGAAGCACUUAGCACUUUCCGUAAAGGGGGUUAUUAUUCCCAGAUUUAUAAAUCAAACAAAUCUGCUCACUCUUUACGGAUCAUCAGUUUAAAUACCAAUCUUUAUUACACUCCAAACAAGGUGACAGUGAACAUGACAGACCCAGCCAACCAAUUUGAAUGGCUGGAAGACACUUUAAAAAUCUCUCGCCAAAACAAUGAAAAGGUAUACAUUAUUGCACAUGUUCCAGUGGGAUAUCUACCUUUUGCAAGACUCACCCCAGCUAUGAGGGAAACAUUUAAUGAAAGGCUGGUCAAAAUAUUCCGUAAUUACAGUGAUGUGAUAACUGCACAAUUUUAUGGGCACACUCACCGUGACAGCAUUAUGGUACUUUUAGAUGAAAAAGAAAAACCAGUUGGCUCUGUGUUUGUUACACCAGCUGUCACACCAAUAAGGUCUGCAUUGGAGACAGAUUCCAAUAAUCCAGGAUUUCGGUUAUAUCAGUAUGAUACCACUGACUACCACUUACUUGAUCUCUGGCAUUAUUUCUUAAACCUUACUGAAGCAAACUUAAAGAAUGAGUCUUCAUGGAAUCUGGAAUAUAUUAUGACUAAAACAUACCAAAUAAAGGAUCUGCAGCCAGAAAGUUUGGAAGGCCUUGUAAAAAGGUUUCAGCAGCCAGAAAGCAUUGAAUUUCUAUACUAUUACAAAAAUUACUUGGUGAGCUUUGACUCAAGAGUUGGCUGUGAUCCUCUCUGCAAGUUACAGCAAAUAUGUGCCAUUCAAUAUGUAGAUGAGGAAUCCUAUACAAAAUGCAUCAUUGGGAGUAAGGAAUUUAAAUAGACAACAUGUUGCUCUUGUAAGCAUCUUAAGAUUUUUCUGUCUGCCCUAAACCAAUGAUUAAAUAAAGUAUUCAGUUUUGCCCCUGAAAGCAAAACCCUCUUAAUCAAAUGAAAUCUCAUCCGUUCAAAAAAAAAAAAAAAAAAAAAUUUGAACAGAAUAUUAACUGAAAAGUAUCUUCUGAUUAUCCUUGAUGCAUACUCUCUGCCUCUUUCUUACCUUUUCCCUGCUCCACAGCCAACCAAUAUCAUAUUGUCACAUUGCCCUUACAUUGUUUUUUCCUGGCAGAUACAGAGCUGCAGCUGGAUAAAGGCAGGUAGUCAAAGAUGAAAUGAAAAGUGGGGCAGUUUGCCACCACUAACAACUUGCUGCUCUUGGUCCAGAUCUAUCUCUAUCUCUAUGGCCUUUCCACAAAGCUGGGCCUAAUUACAAGAAUAGGGAAAAUGCAGAUUAAUACUAUGUGUAUUGUUACAAUGUUUUGAGUAUAAUUUAUUUCCUAAGAUUUUGCCUUAGAUGAUGCCACACCAGGCGUAUGGCAUAUAUUUUCAGAAAGCUGAAAAAUGCUUGCCGAAAAUAUGCGACAUAAGCUCCUACCUGUGCCUGCACCCGAAUGAAUGGAGUACGCUAAGGCACAUGAAGCCGAAAUACGCAUAAAAACACUAGACUUUGCAUUCUCUUGCGUUUUUAUGCAGAUAUCUGCUACAUGUGCCUGAACUUGAGCGCAUUCCAUUCAUUCGGGUGCAGGCACAGGUAGGAGGAGUAUGGUGGUAUUUUCAGCAGCGAUUUUCAGCUUGCUGGAAAUAUAUGCCAUUCACCUGAUCUGACAUUUGCCUUAACUCAGGCUGUGCACAACAGAUACAAAUAUAUUUCAGAAUUAAAACCCAUGCAAAGCUGGUCUUUGUGUAAAAUAAUUGUUAUCAAUUAAAUAAUUAUUUGCACACAAA